AUGUACCCUUCAAUGCGGGCUUUCUCCAAUUCUGGAAAUUUGCAAACUUCCCUAAUCGGAGUUUCAGAAAAGUUGAAGAAUCGACCGCUAUCUGCUAGGACUAGGAAUGUCCUCAAAUCUCUGCCGCAGGAGUACAGGCAAGGGCACCUCCUCCAGCUGUCUACCCUGCCAGAAGUUCUGAUCCUGUCUAAAUCUAAAGGAAAGAUCUUCUUCCGCUGGAGCAGGAGGACAACGCCCCAGAAGCCGCAGAGAGGUGAAGAGAUGUCAAUCUCUGCUUGCACUGACUCGAACUCAAGCGGGAAUGCUACCAUAACGAGGCUGAAGAGUGUGAGAGAAGACGUGGAAUCGACUCUGGUACUCACUCAGAGCAUCCUCAACGAAACCUCUUCGCUGCUAGCUUCUCAGUUCAGGGGGAUGACAUCGAGAGAGCUCAAGAGCCGUGUCAAACUUUCUUUCGAGACCUACGACACAUCCAAAGAUGGCGUGCUACAACCUCACGAGGUCAAAGCUGCGCUUGCCGGGCUGGGAGCAAAUCUCUCCGACACACAAGUCUUGGUAAAGGGGAAUGGGCAGAGGAGGGUUUGCAAAAAGGGGAAGCGGGAAGGAAGGGGACGUGCGGUACAGAACGAUGGGAAUAUGAUUUCAUUCCAGCAAUAUUGUGAGAUGCAUGGAAAGGACAUGGUCCUGAGGCUGGAAGAUUAUGAGAGAAUCGUCAUGAAUGCUGUUCAAGGCAAGCCGUUCGAGGUGGAGACAGACGCGUGA